UCUGUCAGUCAGCCAACAUCACUCUGCAAGCUGUAACUGAUGCCUGCCUCGCUGCUCUUGACAUUGAUACAUGAAAAUAACUUUUUGGGAUUCUCCUGCUAGCCUCUCUCGGGACGAUACGAGAAUCCAACAAGAGGAAAAAACUAAAGAAGAGGUCAGGACAAACGUUUUAGCCAGCUGUGAAAAGCAAAGGUUUGGAAGCAGCAGUCAGCGUUCGGUGCUACACACAGGAGUCUCACAGGACAGGCGCGAUGCCGGACCCGGCUGCGGACCUACCCUUCUUCUACGGCAGCAUCAGCCGGCAGGAGGCGGAGGAGCAGCUGAAGCUGGCGGGCAUGGCGGACGGGCUCUUCCUGCUGCGGCAGUGCCUGCGCAGUCUGGGCGGGUACGUGCUGACAGUCGCGUGCGACGUGCGCAUCCACCACUACCCCAUCGAGCGGCAACUGAACGGCACCUUCGCCAUCGCCGGAGGCAAGCCCCACUGCGGCCCAGAGGAGCUUUGCGAGUUCUACUCCAAGAACCCCGACGGCCUGGUGUGCACCCUUCGGAAGCCCUGCCUGCGCCAGAGCGGCACCCUGCCCAAGGCCGGCGUCUUCGACAGCCUGCGGGACAACAUGCUGCGCGAGUACGUGCGGCAGACAUGGAAUCUGGAGGGGGACGCAGUGGAGCAGGCCAUCAUCAGCCAGGCCCCUCAGCUGGAGAAGCUGAUUGCCACCACAGCCCACGAGAAGAUGCCCUGGUACCACGGCUCCAUCUCCAGAGAGGAGGGUGAGCGGAGACUCUACUCUGGAAUGCAGCCAGAUGGGAAGUUCCUAAUAAGAGACCGGAAGGAAGCGGGGACGUUCGCUCUCUCGAUGAUGUACGGGAAAUCAGUCUACCAUUACCAGAUCAUCCUGGACAAGUCAGGGAAAUACUCCAUGCCUGAAGGAACUAAAUUCGAUACCGUAUGGCAGCUCGUGGAAUAUCUCAAGAUCAAACCAGAUGGAUUGAUUCACACGCUGCAGGAGCCAUGCACGAACCCCAACCACACAGCUGUCAUCCCAACUCCAAACCUGCCCUCAUAUAAAAGACCUGUAGGUCAUAAUGGAUACACCCCGCCUCCAAAAGCUCCAGAGGUGCCGAGCGGCCAGCGCCCGCUCCUGCCCAUGGACACCAGCGUGUACGAGAGCCCCUACAGUGACCCUGAGGAGCUCAAGGACAAGAAGCUUUUCCUGAAGAGGGAGCAACUGAUGAUCGACGAGAUGGAGCUCGGCUCGGGCAACUUCGGCUGCGUCAAGAAGGGCGUCUACAAGAUGAGGAGGAAGCAGAUCGACGUGGCGAUCAAGGUUCUGAAGAGUGAGAAUGAGAAGGGAGCGAAGGAAGAGAUGAUGAAGGAGGCGGAGAUCAUGCACAAGCUGGACAACCCCUACAUCGUGCGCAUGAUCGGGGUGUGCGAGGCAGAGAACCUCAUGCUGGUCAUGGAGAUGGCAUCAGGGGGCCCACUCAACAAGUUCCUUUCCACCAAGAAGGAUGAGAUCUCCGUGGAGAACGUGGUGGAGCUGAUGCACCAGGUAUCCAUGGGAAUGCUCUACCUGGAGCAGAAGAACUUUGUGCAUCGGGACCUGGCUGCCAGGAACGUGCUUCUGGUCAACCAGCAUUACGCCAAGAUCAGCGACUUCGGCCUGUCAAAGGCCCUGGGAGCCAAUGACAAUUACUACAAGGCUCGUUCCGCUGGAAAGUGGCCUCUGAAGUGGUAUGCUCCGGAAUGCAUCAACUUCCACAAGUUCUCGAGCAAGAGUGACGUGUGGAGCUUUGGGGUCACCAUGUGGGAGGCCUUUACCUACGGGCAGAAACCCUACAGGAAAAUGAAAGGGCCUGAGGUGAUGCAGUUCAUCGAGGCUGGCAAUCGAAUGGAGCGCCCGCCUGUGUGCCCGGAGGAAAUGUUCACCGUUAUGACAGACUGCUGGAUCUUCAAGUAAGAGCUGCAGCCUCUGGGUCAAAGAGGCACUGUAUUAAUAAUAAUAAUAAUAAUAAUAAUAAUAAUAUCUUCGAGUUACCAUAAUUUAUGUCAGCAUCUCGACAUUUCAAAUUUAAAAAUCGAGAUCCUGGGCUAAUAUAUCGUGUGAUUUCGACAUAACCAUUUGAAAAAAAAAACUGAUUUUGAACUGCCCUUAGUGGCCUGCAUACUGCAGAUUCGCUCCCUGUGCUGUGAGGAUUCUUAAAGCUCUAUGUGCAACAGAAGGACUUUCAAGCUUCAGGUGGGGCCCUAAUACUUGUCGCGCAGGGAGGGAAUCAACAACACUGUGGCACCUUCAAUAGAAGAAAACUGAAGUCUGCUAAAACAAUUUGGAGGACUUGGCAGAAAGUUAUGCUCAUGGU